AUGGAAAGAAAUAGAGAUUCACUGAUUGCAAUAAUGAAAAAAAUGAAAAGUGCAAAGCUCUCCCUGAGGGACAUCCUGGACAUUGGGCAGGAGAAUAUAAAUGAAGUUGCCCCCCAGACUGUACAAGACCUGCCCUGGGCUCUCCUAAGGAAACUGAUGGCGCUGGACAGGACUGCAAGGAACACAUGUCUUAUAUCACAUGCUCAGAAUUCUGGGGCAGAUUUAGGGGCAGCUGCAUAUAGCUAUGCACAAUACUUGCAGACACAUUUGAAUUUUGAUAACAAAGAAGAUGCAGUUAUUGAAUUUAAUCCUUUAGAUCUUGUGUGUGUUCUGCUUCACUGUUCAGAUCAUUUUCUACAACAGAACAUCUUCUCAAAAAUGGUGACAUGUCAGUUUGCUGUCCCACUGCUGCUCCCUGCUGGUGAUGGCCCAGAAUGCACCUUCAUGCUAUGGGCAAUGAGAGAUAUUGUUAAAAGGUGGAGACCUCAUUCAUUAUCAGAGAGUAAGGGGUUUAAAGAAGAAAACCUAGUUUGCAUACCGCUGGCUUUCUUUUCCUUUGUAAGACUUGGUCAAAUCAAUUUUUCAAAAUCAAAAAUCCUUAAUCUAGUCCUGAGCCCAGCUCAGCAGUACAAUGAUUUCUUUAUUCAUGAGAAUAUAGAGGGUGGAAACAUUGAAAGGAAAAUCUCUAAUGGCUUGGUGGAAAUUUCUUGGUAUUUUCCUGCUGUUGGUGGAAAGAAUUUUGACACUUUUGAAGAACCCAUUGCAGUUGCCAAUUUACGAGGAGAUUUAGAAACAAAUUGGACCCAAUUCAGCUUCCUAACGCAGGUAUCAUCAGCAGUGUUUGUAUUUGUGGACAGCAUUAAUAAGGAACAGUGCAAACUGUUAUCUGGCUGUAAAUCCGGAACAACCUUCUAUUUUAUAGUUAUCCCAAGUGGCAGAAGCAUCAGUAAAGAGACCGUGGAAUGCUUGGAAAAAAUAGUUUUAAAGUUAAACCUUAAUUCUAAAAAUAUACUAAAGAAGGACAGAAGAGCAAAUGAUGCAGAACUGGUAAAGACUAUACAAACUAUUAUGAGAUAUUUUAUAAAAGACUCCUGUAAAAAAGUAAAGCUGGAAAACAUGGCACACACAGCUACUGAACUUGGCAUCAAAGUGGAUGAGAACUCUGAGCAAUGUCAGAAAGGCAAAGAGCAUGCCAAAGAAAUUACUACGCAAAUAAGUAACGUGAUACAAUACAAAAAAGAGACGAUGAAACUACAAGGUGAACUAUGGAAACAAGUCACUCAAACAGAGAAAGAACUGUGUAGAAUGAAGAAACAAGGGCAUUUACACAUAGAAAAAUACAAAAAUCAACUUUUAAAGCGACGUAAAGAGUUACAUAGGCAGCAAAACCAACACAACCUGCCCCAUGGUAUGAUUGCAUUCAUAUCUGCAAUUACUCAGCUGACUCAGGAAGAGAAACUUUAUUUCCUGAAAUGGAUGAAGUUUACACUUGACUCUGUAGCUAGAAAAAAUCUGUCUGAACUGCAGGUUGAAUAUAAAGAACAAUGUACUACCUCCAGCAAUAAGAAUGCACUCAAGGAGUUAGACCAGCAGAUAUCUGAUAGUUCUUUGGGAGUAGAACAUUUUCUGAGGGAGAUGGGGCAGUUUUAUGAGGCUGAAUGUUCCAUGGUGAGAGAUAAACUUAUUAGUUUAGAUAAAAGACGAUUCAGUAAACUUCCAACAAUAGCUUCUAAUCUUCUUCUUGAAGGAUUCCCUUUGGAGCUCAUAGAUGGAGAUGCCUCCAACAUCCCCCUAAGGUGGGUAACUGAUCUUUUGAAUAAGUUGGAUAAUAAAACAGGAGGGAAAUGCAGAAUGAGAGUAAUCACAGUGCUGGGAGUGCAGAGCACAGGGAAAUCCACCCUCCUGAACACCAUGUUUGGGCUGCAGUUCCCUGUGGCCAGUGGGCGAUGCACACGAGGAGCCUUCAUGACAUUAAUUAAAGUGAAAGAAAAUUUACAGAAGGAUCUGGGCUGUGAGUUUGUUCUGGUGAUUGACACAGAAGGUUUAAAAGCUUCGGAAUUAGCUUCCUUGGAGGACAGCUAUGAACAUGACAAUGAGUUGGCAACUCUAGUGGUUGGGCUCAGUGAUAUCACUAUAAUCAACAUGGCCAUGGAACACACAGGAGAAAUGAGAGAUACACUGCAGAUUGUGGUUCAUGCUUUUCUUAGGAUGAAUGAAAUAGGGAAAAAACCCAACUGCCAGUUUGUGCAUCAGAAUGUGAGUGAUGUUUCUGCUCAUGAUUUGAAUAUGAGAGAUAGAAAGAAUCUUCUGGAACAGUUAAAUCAAAUGACCAAAGUAGCAGCAAACAUGGAAAAAAGGGGCAGAAUCACACAAUUCAGUGAUAUCAUGGACUAUAACCUUGAGAGAGACAACUGGUACAUUCCUGGGCUUUGGUACGGUGUCCCACCCAUGGCUUCUGUAAACCCUGGCUACAGUGAGAAUGUGUAUGAAGUGAAAAAAUAUUUGUUUGAGUUUAUGGGGAAACGCAAUAUCCCACCAGCGCAAAAUAUCAAUCAGUUUAUUGAAUGGAUAAAAAGCUUGUGGAACUCAGUUAAACACGAAAACUUUAUUUUCAGUUUUAGAAACAGCCUGGUAGCCGAAGCCUACAAUAACUUGUCAAUAAAAUAUUCUCAAUGGGAAUGGAACUUCCACAAGCAGGUUCAGAUCUGGCUGAUCAAUACAGAAAAUAUUAUAAAAAAUCAGUCUGGAGAAACAACACAGCAAAUGACAUGUACAAAUCUAAAAUCUGACUUGGAAACUAUUCUCAGCAAGGAGGAAAGUGAUAUGAUAAUGUUGCUAGAAAAGUAUUUUGAAGGCACAUCUGAUAAUGUUCACCUGAUAUUAAAGUUCCGGGAAGAAUUCUUUACAGGCGUGAAAAGUCUCAGGAAAAAAACGGAACAUUCCGUAACCGCAAAGAUCGAUGAGGCAAUACGACUUCAGAAAGGAAAGAAUUACAUAAAGGGCAUCCAAAGCAGCUAUCAAGCAAAUAUUGAGGAGAAAGUUGCCAGUCUCUUGGACCAGGUCAGAAGACAGGAAUGUCAGCUUGGAGAUGCGGAGAUUGAAAUGGCAUUUGAGUCAAUGUGGGACAGAACAUUAGGAGAGUUACCAAGCCACCAAUUAGAGAGGCGUAUUAUACAAAGGGAAAUGUUACUAGACCUUAAAUGGGACAUUGCCAACAAAGCAGGUUGUAUAAACCAGAGAUUCCUCAGUGUUAUGUGUUUAAAUGAGUAUGGAAAAGUAUUCACGAUUGAAAACGAACACAUCGACAUUGCAUGGAUUUCAUUACAAGGUAUGAAAGAAUGGUUGUUCAAAGAAAGCCGUAAAAAAAUGACUGACUUUGCAUCCUCUUUAACAGGUCAGUGCUCUGAUUAUGUAACAGAGAAGGUUAAUACAGGAGGAGACUAUGAUGGGACUUAUUGCCAAGAACUGCUCAAUAUGAUCAAUGAAAGGCUCCGGGAAAAAGAUGUUAAAAACCUUCCCAUUACCCAUCAGUUUGAGUUGGACAUAAAGCUUCAUAUCUUAGGAAGCGCGGCUCUGAGGUUUCAGAUAAUGCAUGAAAGCUUUCUCCAAGAGAAUGACCCUGUGCGGUCUUUGGGGAAAUUAAAAUCUGAUUAUUUGGUGACAUUCAAAAAUAUAUUUGAGGAUAAGGAUGAAACACACAACAGAGCCAAACAGUUCUGUGAGCUCUGCCUGAAACCAGCAAUAAUGAAGCACAUUAACCAACAACUGGGGAAGGCUAUAGUGGAUGAUAUAGUGCACAGGGGAGAUGCUAAAGAAUAUUGCAGCAGAACCUUCUUCCAGUUCACUGUACUAAAGAAACUGUUGGAUGAUAAGGAGUUUACUCAGUUUGUAGAAUAUAUCAAUAACUAUGAGCAGUUUGUGAAGUCAUGGAUAACCCAGUACAUAUUAGAUACUUAUAAUAAUAAUCCCAAACAGCUGCAACACUUACAAGUGAAAAUUCUCUCCCAAAUAUGUGAUGAUAUCAGGGAAGUCCUGACAAACUCAGAUUUAAUCAACAGCGUCUCUGUCUCAGAGUUUCUGGAAAGUUUCUGCAGGACGUUAGAGAGCAAAUUGAUCAUUUCCAAGAAUCAGAUGAAAGUGAUUAUUUUUCGAAACAAAUCAAAUAUCCAGCAGAUUUCAAAGGAUAUCAAAGUAUUUCUCACAACUAUAGAACAACAAAUCACAUUAGAGAUCCAGUUCUCCAACAUAAAAUCUGUGCUCUCUAACGUCACUCUGAGACCAGAGGAAGAGCUGUUUAAGAGAGUGUUUGGCUGUGGGAAGCAGUGUCCCUUCUGUGGGGCCCCCUGUGAGGCUGGAGGUACUGGCCAUAAGGAGCACUUUGCCUCUGUCCAUCGACCUAAAGGGUUAGAGAGUUGGAGUAAUAAUUAUGAUGGGAAACUGGAACCGGAGAUAUGUUCAACUGAUGUAGUCUCUGACUCUACCUUUUUAAAUUCAGAUACAGAUUGGGAACCCCACCCUUACAAAGAAUACCGUACAUUCUACCCAGACUGGGCCAUUCAGCCCGAUCCAAGUCUUACAGCCUCCGACUACUGGAAAUAUGUUUUCAAUAGGUUCAACAAAAAAUUUGCAAAAGAAUAUGAGGCAGAACCAGCGGAUCUGCCUGGGGCAUGGCUCCAGAUAACAGAGGAACAGGCUCUUCAAAGCUUAAUGGAAACUUUCAAUAUGCAAUAA